AUGAUGCACCGUGCUACGAUCGUCGGCGUCGUCGCGCUUAUCGGCGUCCUUCUCGUCGGCGGCGGGGUUCGAGCGCAGCCGCCGCAGCGGUUUGACUACCCGGCGGCGAGGGCGCCCACGACCUGGGCCAACACGGACGCCGGCCUGCCGCACCACGUGGUCUACACCGACGGCUCCGUGGCGCGCGUGGCCCUGCUGCGGCUCAACCCGGCCGGCUACGGCCCCUCCUACGCCUUCGGCUUCUUCUGCACCGGCCACGGCGCGGCCCCGUGCGCCGACUUCCUCCUCGGCGUCGCCGUCGUGUACUCCAACAGCGGCGCGCUCAUCACGUCCACCACGACCGGCGUCCCGCAGGUCGUCUGGUCGGCCAACCGUGGCAGCCCCUUGGGCGAGGGUGCCGCAGCGGAGCUCACGCCUGAGGGCGACCUCGUGCUCAGGUCCGCCAACGGCUCGGCGGUGUGGUCCGCCGGCACCAAGGGCCGGUCCGUCGCCGGGGUGACCAUCGGAAGCGACGGCAACCUCGUGCUGCUCGACGGGCGCAACGCCACGGUGUGGCAGUCGUUCGACCACCCCACAGACGCGCUACUCGUCGGGCAGUCACUCGGGCACGGUGCGCGGCUCACCGCCAAUACGUCGGCUGCUGACUGGCGCGACGGCAGGUUCUACCUCGCCGUCGAGGACGACGCCCUGAGCGCAUACGUCAACGCCACGCCGCCGCAGCGCUACUACCACCUCGGCUUCGGCGAGACCGCUGCCGGCGCCCACGCGACGUACACAAACGGCAGCCUCACGGUCUCCGCGCGGCCCGGAGCGCCGUCGCUGGCGACCAUCCAGCUGCCCACCGUCGUGGCCGGCACGGUGCAGUACAUGCGGCUGGAGCACGAUGGCCACCUCCGGCUCUACGAGUGGCGCUCCGGCUCGGGCUGGGCGCCGGUGUUCGAUGUGCUGCGCCUCUUCCCGGACGGCGGCUGCGCGUACCCAACCGUCUGCGGCGCGUACGGCGUGUGCACGGACGACACGCAGUGCAGCUGCCCCGACGCGGCCAACUUCCGCGCGGUGGACUUCCGGAGGCCCAACCGCGGCUGCGUCCCGACGAAUCCACCGGCGACGUCCUGCGACUCAUCGUCGCGGGGGCAGCGCGCGCAGCACCGGCUGGUGUCGCUGCCGGGCACGGGCUACUUCAACGACCACGCCACGAGCAUGCGCGCCAUGGAGAGGGUGAGCGAGGAGGCGUGCCUGGACGACUGCGCGUGCGCGGCGGCGCAGUUCUACUACGGCCGCGACGCCGGCGACGGGUUCUGCUACCUGCAGUCGGAGGUGUUCUCGCUGCUGACAGUGCGGACGGAGGUGGUGCACUACAACUCCACCAUGCGUAUCAAGGUGCAGGCCAAGUCAGCCAGGAUCUGA